AUGUUCAUUAUUUUAUGCGCAGUAAUAUUCGUAGUUUUAUACUUUUACGGAACUAGAAACCAUGACUACUGGAAAAAGAAAGGAGUCAUAUACGAAGAGCCCAUACCCCUCUUCGGCAGCAACCUCAAAUUCGCCCUCGAGGGGUGCAGUUUCACGGAGCGCUUUAUAAAUUUCCACCACCGCUACCCCAAGGAGAAGUACGUCGGCUACUUCCAAGGUAACGACCCCAUGCUGCUGCUGAGGGACCCGGAGAUGAUCAAGCUCGUUCUGGUCACCGACUCGCGCCACUUCCACCACAGGGGGCUCCGGCCGCACGCGGAAAUCACCGAGCCCCUGAUGAAAAACCUGUUCAUAGCCGACGGGGAUCUGUGGAAGCUGAGCCGCGUCAAGAUGACCCCCGCGUUCACCACGAACAAGCUCAAAGCCAUGUUCCCGACGAUAGUUGUCCAAGCGGAGAAACUCAUCGGCGUAGUCGACGACAGCAUCGAAAGGGGUUGUAGGGAAAUAGACGUUCGCGAGCUGAUGGCCCGAUACACCACCGAUUUCAUCGGCGUCUGCGGGUUCGGAAUCAACGUCGACUCGCUGCAGGAAGACGCCAACGAGUUCCGGAAGCUCGGCAAGCGGAUAUUCACAAGAAAACUGAGAGAUAUCAUUAUCGGCGUAUUGAAAGUCACAUCUCCGACGCUUUUCAAGCAGCUGCACAUUAUGGCUCCCGAUAUCACCAUCCCUACGGUCAGUUUGGUCAAGUCUAUUAUGAAGCAGAGAAAUUAUGUUCCUUCGGGGAGAAACGACUUCGUCGAUUUUAUGUUGGAGGUGAGACAGAAGGGAGACAUCAUUGGGGAAUCGGUCGAGGAAUUCAACGAGGAUGGGACCCCUAAAAUUGUGCGACUAGAAGUCGACGACGAACUGAUAACGGCGCAGGUGUUUGCGUUUUUCGCGGCCGGAUUUGAGACGUCCUCUUCCACAAGCAGCUUCCUUCUUCACUUGCUAGCUUAUCACCCGGAGGAGCAGGCCAAAUGUCAAAAGGAGGUCGACGAUGUCCUGCAAAAAUACGACGGAAAACUCUGCUACGAUGCCGUUAAGGACAUGAAAUAUUUAGAAAUGGCAUUUAAAGAGAGUAUGCGGAUAUUCCCACCGAUUGGCUUCAUUACAAGAAAAUGUACAAAGAAUUACACCUUCCCUGGUACAGGUCUCACACUCGAGAAGGGGACCGGUGUGUUCAUUUCCACCCAGGCUUUACAAAACGAUGAACAGUACUUCAAGAGUCCAGAAGAGUUCAUGCCGGAGAGGUUCCGUCCUGAAAACUCUCCUACUAUCGAGAAGUUCUCAUUCCUACCAUUUGGCGACGGUCCCCGAGCUUGUAUAGGUAACUUGUUUCUAAUUAUUCUAUUAUUUGGCUUAUUUACUUAA